GUAAUAACUUGUUUUAGAAGUAAAAGCAAAGGGCAUUUGGAUCCACCAUUAUCCUUCGUUGGUUCCAUUUCUGAUUUCUGAUAAUAGCAAACCCAACAUGGAUUCGGAUCCAUUGGCUAGUUGCCCCUUCUGCGAUUCACAUGUACCCUUAUCUCAACUCACUUGGCACGCCAACACUCACUUUUCGGAUCUCGAUGACAUUGAUUUCGACCUGUCCCCAGUAAUUCACCCCGCUCCCGAUUCACCCCCUCGAUCUCUUCCGAGAGAGCAUGCAGCCAAUAGCUCAAGGUCUGGAGCAAACUCUUCGUGUGGUGGUGAAGCUAGUAGUGAUACUGGCGAAUGCAAAGUGAAUGACAAAAUCUCUUUCUUGAUUGAUUCUCAGACAAGGAGCAAAUUUUAUAAAGUUGAAGCGGGUUUGAUGGCCUUGUUGAGAAACUGUUUAGAGUCUGAAGUCGGCAAUUCAAAUAGUAUUUUGUCAGGGUAUGUUGAUCAUUUCCAGUGCCUUGAGUCUGAGGAUGCUGGAUGGGGAUGUGGCUGGCGUAAUAUUCAAAUGCUUAGUUCUCACUUACUAGUGCAAAGACCAGAAGCAAGGAAAGCUUUGUUUGGUGGUUCAGGAUUUGUUCCUGAUAUCCUGUCGCUCCAGAGAUGGCUUGAGAUUGCUUGGGAAAAGGGUUUUGAUGCACCUGGAUCUGCUCAAUUCAAUCAUGUUAUUUGUGGUUCAAAAAAAUGGAUAGGAACUACUGAGUGUGCUGCUCUUUUGCGGUCCUUUGCUCUCCGGGCAAGAGUAGUGGAUUUUGGUCCUAAGGAAUCCCAAUCUGUCCCUGGUUCAAGCAUUGAUAACACCAGGAAUAAAGCAAGUAUUCAUAAUAGGGUAAAACGAAAAGCUAAAAACGGCGACGGUUAUCAAGUUCUCAUGGAUUUUGUGUGGAAUUACUUUUCUGAUAAAAGCUCAAUCCAAUUUGGCCAACAACAUGUUGUGAUCAGUGAGAAAACGCCUUUAUACUUUCAACAUGAUGGUCACUCAAGAACAAUAGUUGGAAUUCAAGUCAACCAUCAACAAAAAAGACAUCUGCAAUAUAAUCUCCUAGUUUUGGACCCUGCUCAUAGUACGGUGGCUCUGGAAGGAUCACUAAGGCAGAAAGUUGGAUGGGAGAAACUUGUUAAAAGGGGAAUGCAUACACUAAAGAAGCCACAAUAUCAGUUGUGUUAUGUUGAUCCUGGAAUUGCCAGUGAGGAGGAGAUGGGAAAACUCAAGACAAUUCACAGCGUCUUCCUUGAAUUUUAAACAAGCAAAUAAAGCACUUUGCUACAUCCAGGCACUAUCUUCUAGUUCAGGGUUGUGUGGGAGCCCAUCUCUACAACUUUACCUUUAUCCAGGACAAUUAUAGUAUCUGAGUUUAUUACUGUGGAAAGCCUAUGAGCUACCGUGAUCUGGGUGGUUCUUGAACACAAGCCACUGUCUUCCUUCAGAUGUAUUGCUUUUAAAGCAUUUACUAUAAUUCUUUCAGACUCAGCAUCAAGAGCACUUGUUGCUUCAUCAAGGAGUAAUAUUGCAGGCUUCUUUAGUAAGGUUCUGGCAAUGGCUAUUCUUUGCUUUUGUCCUCCAGAAAGCUGGCAACCUUUCUCGCCAACUACAGUAUUAUAUCCAUUUGGUAGAUUACUUACAAAUUCAUGUAUAUUUGCUUCUUUAGCAACCUCCACUAUUUCACUUUCAGAAGCCCCAUUAUUCCCAUAGCAAAUAUUGUCUCUGAUUGAGCAAUUAAAAAGCAGUGGCUCUUGUUGUACCAGUCCUAUUUGUGUCCUUAACCAUCUUAGAUUAUAUUUCUGUAUGUCUUUGCCAUCAAUUAAUACCUUUCCUGCCUGUGGAUCAUAAAAUCUUAGUAAAAGGGCCAAAACAGAGGAUUUUCCUGCUCCACUUGGUCCUACAAAAGCCACCUUCAAUCCAGCUUCAAUUUGUAAACUGAAAUUGUCAAGAACAGUGACUGCCGGUCUUGAAGGUUUUACGGUCAAGGGUUUUGAAAGCUGGAGUUAGCGUAUAGAUUGCAGACAUGACAGUUGGGAUCAGUGUGUACAAUUCUGUGAUAGAAGGAACAGUGAGAGAAAAAAUUUGGUAUGAUCUUAUUCCAUUUUCAAAGGUGGCUUGACGUCUGUCAAUCAGAGUUUUUGUGUACCAUAAAGCAACAGCAUGUGCAAUGUUCCACAAGCAAAGGGAGAAGCCUUGAAUGAUCCCAUAUUUGAUGCUUUCUUUUCUAUAAUUUUUCUUUUGAAUUUCCAGGGAUGUUUUGGCUUUCCUCAGUACUUGUUCUUCAUGACAAAACGAUGCAAUAGUCUUUAUGUUGGUUGUGGACUCAGAUGCAAGAGCAACAAGCUCAGAAUGUGCAGCAGAGUGGUCACCUGAAAAUCCUUUGGCAGACUUGGCUUGAAUGAGACCACCUAUGAAGUGGCAGGGCGUCACAGCCCAAGCUACCAAACUCAUUCUCCAGUUGACUUUCAUGCUGACGACUGUUGCUAUUAGUAUGGAGGAAACACAUUGCAGAAUUACAGACAUUCGAUCAGCAAUGAUAACUUUGACCAUGGCAGUGUCACUGAUAAUGCGUGAAGUCAAUGAACCAGCUGUAUUCUCUGAUUUGUCAAACCAGCCUACUUCAUUACGCAGCACACCUAUAAAGGAAAGAGAAAUAACAUGGAUUUAUGGAAAUUGGGAUAGGGGAUAUCUGAUACCUGUAUACAGAACACGUCUGAAAUUUGCCAUGGCCUUUUCUCCAACCUCUCCAAAGAAGAAAUGUUGGAAGGUGUGGCUAAAUAAUGAAAGCAACCCUAUUGCUGUAAAGAUGGCUGAAUAAUGUCCAACUUUUCGUUUUGCAUCUUCUUCAAAGUAUGCUACUCCAAUGGUGAUGAUGAAGUACCCAAAAAAUGGCUUUGAGAUGCCAGAGAAAGCUGCUGCAAAUGAGCCAAUAGCAAUCUUCACCAGCUCCCUCUUUUUUAAGCCAAACCAAAUUCUGAAAAAUAUAUUUCUUCCUCUGCUGCUCAUUUGGCUCUGUUCCUUUAGCACAGAAUGCUCAGUGAUAUUUCUUUGGACCUGCACCUCUACUAGUGGUUGUCUAGUUUCUUCAGGAAAAUCUUCUUGGCGGACACUUCUAUUCUUGGAAAUUGUAGCUCUACCCAUUUAACAUUUAAAGCUGGUUAGAGUUCUUCCUCCAUACCAUUAGGUCCUUGAUAUAUUCAAAGAAGGAACAUUAAAUGGUUAAUUACCUGGAUUCAGGAACUGGUUCAAUGUUCUGCAUGCUGAAUAAUGUACUAUAGAAUCUGCUUGUGUCUAACAAACUCUGGUGUGUUCCUGUCUCUGCAACUUGUCCAUUCUCUACCACCACAAUUAUAUCUGCAUUUACAACUGUUGACAGCCUGUGUGCAAUCAAGAUGACAGUCCUUCCCUGCAUAGCUGUCUCAAGUGCUUCUUGAACUAGCUUUUCAGACUCUGAAUCAAGGGCACUAGUGGCCUCAUCAAGCAAAAGGAUAGGAGGAUUUUUAAGAACAGCUCUUGCUAUUGCAAUUCUCUGUUUUUGGCCUCCUGAUAAUUGGACGCCCCUUUCUCCUACCUGGCAAUCAUCAUGGCUGACAUAUGAGUCCAUAAAUGUUAUAAUGAGUGGAUGGAAUAUAUGCAGCCAGCAGACAUGUUUUAAAAUGCGUCAACUUAUCCCCAUCCGUGACAGGUCAGCUGAAAGCCUGAAAAUGGGGCUGGUCGGAUUAACUUGCUUUUAUUUGGUGGCUUGGAAAGACUGUGCAACCCAUUUUAUGGUGGGUUAGCAGCCUCGCAGGUUUGUCCAAUCACCAGAGGCCUGCCUCUAAUGGACCUCUCAUGCACCUUCUUUUGUCUUGUGUAACAUCCACACCCUGCCUUCAGCUUGCAUGUGGCAACGGGGGAGUCCUCAUUAUACAAGGAUUCGCUUUGCGGGUUCUCAGGAGAGUCCCUUCAAUGUGGUUCAGCUUUUUAAGGGUAGUACAGAAUACAAAUAACUUAGGCCUACUGUUUGCAAUUAUUCCUCAUGAUGUUAUUUCUCAUCUGUGAAUAAAUGAAAUUCUUUUCCUUUCAGGAAAAAAAGAAGAUGUACCUGUAUUUAACAUAUUUUUUCUUGCUUUUAUUUUGUUUACCGGUAAAAAGAUAAGCAAGUCAACAUUAAUCAUGUGAUAAAAUACAGAAAUAAAAGGAGAUGGUGAAAUAUUAUUAAAACUAACCUCUGGAGGGGUCAUAAAAUCUGCUAACCAGUGAAAUAACAGUGCUCUUUCCACAGCCACUGCUACCAACUAAUGCUACUGUCUUUCCUGCUGGAAUUGUCAAGGACAGUCCUUGAAGGAUUGGUUUCUCUGGCCGUGAUGGGUAGGAAAAGUGAACAUCUCGUAAGUCAAUGUCACCUUUAAUUUUUCUAGGCAUCUUCCCUUCUGAUUCAUUACUUAUUAGAGGCUUUCUUUGGAUCACUUGGAAAACUUCAUACCCUGCAGCUUUUGCCUGAUUGAAUAUUUGCAAGUCUGGUGCUGCAUAAGUGAGAGAUCUGCAAUUCACAAGGGGAGUUUGGUUACUUGAUUAUUUAUUGAUUCGUAACCAUUUUGUCCAUCUAAACAAGCCUGAAAGUAGUUUCUCCUUACAUGGCACCAAAGAGAAUACUCAUCACUGCAGCUAUUAUGUCUCCUCCUGUUGCUCUUCCGGCUCUGACCACAACAGCUCCAACCCAUACAAUGAGAGCCCAAGAACAGAAGCUCACUGUUUGAAACAUCCCUGUCCCAACUCCUUUCACAAGUGCCUCCCCUUUGCUUAUAAUGUAUUGUUUUUCCAUGUUCUCUGUAAAAGAUUUGAUUGCAGAACUCUCUCCAACAAAAGCAUAAACUGUUUUUAUA